AAAUAUUAUCAAUUUUAUCAUUCGUCGUGUGUCAACUGGUACGAGUUGUUAAAUAACGAAAUAUUUAAAAUUGUCCAACAACCGAAACGGUUCUUAAUUGAAAUAACCUACGACUCGGUAUAUGUAGAAAUAGUAAUUGAACGAAGACGAACAUUUCUGAUUUUAAUUUUUUUUUUUUUUUUGCCGAACCAAGACGUCGACAAUUAAAUUGAAUGUAAAUUGUUGUUGUGUCGGAAAUGUUUUUUAUUCCCAUAUAAAUAAUCCGCCCUUAACAUGUUUGAACUUGAAGAUUUUGAUCUGGACGAUGAAGUAAACUAAUAUUAAUUAUGUGUUUCUUAAUACCCAGAUGCCUACUAUUAAUAAAUCACCAAUAAAGACAUCAAAAUCAACCGAUAUUCCUAUGAGUUUCGAAGACAAUAAUGAAUCAUUUCUUAAUGUAUCAAAUUCAGUUUUUGAAUCUUCCACUUUACAAAACAUAGAACUUAGUAAUGAAUCAUCAACAGAACAAAAUAAAAAUAAAUCUUAUCUAAGUAAUGAGGUCACUCAGAACAUGUUUAUGAUAGAACAGGAAUCAAAUACUACAAAGCCUUUAGAUGAAUGUCAGUCCAGUAAUAACAAAUUGGAUUUUGAUGAUGGUUUUGAUUCUGACGAUGAAGCAUUUUUCAACACUCCAAAUAUUUUAAAUGAAAUUGAAAAUUCUCUCAAGACCAAUGACUAUAGUGCAGAAUUAAAUGUAAACAGUAGUCAUAAUGAGAGUGAAACCAGUUUGAAGUGUGAAAAUGACAAAUCAAUAUCAACUAUUUCAAAUAUUAAAAGUUCCAAUAAAACAAGCAAUAAAGGUCUUCUAAAUACAACUAUUACUAGUAUAAAAACAACUAUUCCAAAAUGUGCUUCAAGAAAAUUUCCUGGGCCAGCUGGAUUACUCUCAGAAAAUAUAGAUAUAUAUUCAGAAGAUCCCUUACACUUGGAAUCUCUAGACAUGUCAAUUAACAUUAAUGAAAAUGAUAAAAAAGAAGAGAAUUUAUGUACUCAAGCAAAUGAUUCAUCAUUCUCUUCGUCACCAUAUCAGCAGUUCUUAUCAGAUUUUUUCACUACCGAUGUCGAUAUUUUAUUAGAUAAAUAUAACGUAGCCUGGAUAAAACAAAAACUGCUUCCAUACACAGCUUCUGGUCGUUUUUUUACAGACAAAAUACCAUUUUUUGUUUCUGUCAUAAAGGAGAUUGAUUGUCUUUCACCAGAUCCAACAGUAAUCCUUGCUGACAAGACAGGAUACAUCAGAGGAACAAUUCAUAGAGCAGUUUGGAACCAGUUUAGUUGCCAACUAAAAACUGGCGCUGUUCUCGUUUUAUCGAAAGUUGGAAUAUCGUGUCAAAAAAUUAUAAACAGUUUCACAUUGAAUAUCACUAGUGAUCAUUUAAUUGCUAUUUACAGUUUUUCAAUAGAAGACAGUGAUGAAGUAAUUGUCACUCGCACAACAGAACUGAGAAAUGAAGACAUUGUAAAUGAAGCUAUACGACACAAUAUAUGUAAUGUAGAAAAUUUAAAUAAAAAUCCACAUUCUGAAAUCAGGAGUCGGAUGAAUGCGCUUAAUAAUUUAAAAUUGCACAACAUUUCGCUAGAACAUGAUUUACAACAGUUAAACACCAACUACCAAACUUCUAAUAAUACAAAAAACACUUCUAACCAAUGGACACCUAUUAAAAAUGUCUUUAAACCUAAAACUCCAGUGGCACAGAAAUUAUUUAAAAAUCAUUCUAAUAAUUUAUUAGAAGAACCACCUGCUAAACGAACAAAAAAAGAGCAGUUCAUAAUAAAUACUGAAUCAAACAAUUCAAAGAAUGAAAUGUCUAUUAUUCAGAAUAUAUUUGAUGGGAUUAAUGAAGAUGAAAUGUUCAAUGAUUUUUGUUGUUAAUAUUAUGGAAUUAUAUAUUGGAAAAUUAUUUCGUUUCAAAGGUGCUUUUUAAUUUCACUAGAUAAGUAUUAUAUUUGUUUCCUUGAUUUACUAUUAAAUUAUUAAUAAAUGUUCUCGCUUCUAGUGUAUACAUAGAAUACAUAGUAUACAAUUAUUCAUAGUAUCCUUAUGAAAUUCCUUGUACUAAAAAUUUUUUCUGCUUAAAAUAUUUUUCAAUUUUAUUGAUUUCUCAACUAGUUUUACCAAAUAUUGUUCUAUAAUUUAUUACAUUUACUAUACAGAUAUUUUAGAUUUUGAAUGAAAUGAAAAAUGUAUUGAUUUUACCAUGAUGCCCUUUUUUUUUUUUGAAAUUAUACAGAACUGACUAGAAGGACUGCUCUGAUUACCACAGUCAUAUAAGAUUUCAGAUGGAAAAUGUUGCUAAUUUGUACUUUGAAAGAGGUCAUUUUACAAAUUUCCCAACAGAUUUCUUCAAUUUUUUAAUAAAUGGACAAAACGUUAUAUAAAUAUGGCAACAUUUAAGGUAUAUUAUUUAUUGACAAAAUUAAACUUUUGUUUUUCAUAGCAAAAAAUAAUAAUAGUAGACAUGCAUUUUCACUGUAUGCUAUAGAUAGUAUAAUUUUCAAAAUAUUUUUUUUUGUUUUUGAGGUAUUUAUAAAUAUAAAUAUUAAAAAUUUGGAUGUUUUCUUAAUUUUAUCUUAUUUCAAAAAUGUAAUACGAAGUUCCUCAUACAUCAUGUAAUAGAUUAGAUCUGUCUCUUUGUCUUAAUUAGACUAAUAUAUUGUAUUUUUCUUUAAUGUAACUUUUGAAAUAAAAUAUUUUUAGCAAUUACAAUUGACAAAAUAUUAAAUAAAAUAU